AUGUCAGUCCAAGUAGGAAUUAACGGUUUCGGUCGAAUCGGUCGAAUCGUAUUAAGAAACGCUAUCGACCAUGGAGACAUCGAAGUCGUGGCUAUCAAUGACCCUUUCAUUGAUCUCGAGUACAUGGUUUACAUGUUCAAAUACGAUUCUACCCACGGUCGAUUCAAGGGCGACGUUCACACCAAGGACGGCAAGCUUUACAUCAACAACAAGGCCAUCGCUGUCUUCGGCGAGAGAGACCCCACUGCCAUCAAAUGGGGUGAAGCCGGUGCCGACUACGUUGUUGAGUCAACUGGUGUCUUCACCACCAUUGAUAAGGCCAGUGCCCAUCUUAAGGGUGGUGCCAAGAAGGUCAUCAUCUCAGCACCCUCUGCUGAUGCCCCUAUGUUCGUUUGCGGUGUAAACCUUGACCAAUACAAAUCCGAGUACAAGGUCAUCUCCAAUGCUUCUUGCACAACCAACUGUCUUGCUCCCCUUGCCAAGGUCAUUCACGACAACUUCACCAUCGUUGAGGCUCUCAUGACCACCGUCCAUGCUACUACUGCCACCCAAAAGACCGUCGAUGGUCCUUCCAACAAGGACUGGCGAGGUGGUCGAGGCGCUGCCGCUAACAUCAUCCCUUCUUCCACCGGUGCCGCUAAGGCCGUCGGCAAGGUCAUCCCCUCGCUCAACGGCAAACUCACUGGUAUGGCUUUCCGAGUCCCCACCGCUGACGUGUCUGUCGUCGAUCUCGUCGCCCGACUCGAGAAAGGUGCUUCCUAUGACGAAAUCAAAGCCGUACUCAAGAAGGCCUCUGAGAGCCCUGAGCUCAAGGGUAUCUUAGGUUACACUGAAGACGAGGUCGUCUCGACCGACUUCAUUGGCGCUACCGAGUCCUCCAUCUUCGAUGCCAAAGCCGGUAUCGCUUUGAACGCCAACUUUGUCAAGCUUGUUUCUUGGUAUGACAACGAAUACGGUUACUCCCGACGAGUCUGCGACCUUGUCGCUUACAUCGCUGGCGUUGACGCCAAAGCCCAGUAA